AUGGUCAGUCCACUGAGCCCGUACAAACGCGUCUUGGCCAGGCGUGCAGAGAGUGAGCUCUCCCGCCUCGCCAGUGAACCUUGCACUGUCUCCCGCUCUCGGAGAUCUCUGCAGCAGCCCCGAACCUUCUCCCCAGCUCAACACCGCCAUUCAGUGGCCAAAAGGAGGACGAUCCGCCGAGGGUUCCAUACUGCCACAAGCGCUCCUGUUGGUUGCACGGAGGAGUGCAUGUUUGACACCAAGGUAGAGAAGGCAAUUCGGCCUGUUACAGACCCAAGGAAGGAGCAAACUUAUGAUACGUUGCCUGGAUAUUUUCCUGAGAAUCACAUUGAGAAGGAAGACCCACAGCCUUGGAGUUUAUCACAAAACGAUGGCGGGCAAAGUCGACCUUCACGCGGCUCCAGGUUUGAACGCAGUGUCGAUGACAAGGGAAACACGAGCUCUGCUGGGAAAUCAAAUUCUAGUGUGCUUCAAAUACAACAAGAUGACGAUAAUAGUCCUUCCAGUGGUAGUCUGGAGGACGGGAACGAGGACUUCCCCGGAGAUGUGGAUCCUUCCACACCCCGGUUUGUCAACAGUGCGUCUCCGUGGGGGAAACCAGUGCAAAAGGUGCCCCCAUCUUGGAUGACGACCCUGUACUUCUCCGGGCGCCAGGAGCAGCUGAGAGUAAAACCAUCCGUAGGGGUGGAGCUGCCCAGGGACAAGUUCAGCCUGGAGCUAUGGGUGAAUCCAGAAGGUGGACAGAGCAACCCUGCGGUUAUUGCAGGUGUGUAUGACAACUGUUCCCAUUCGCUAAGUGAGAAGGGCUGGUCAGUAGGCAUUCGAUCUAUGGACUCUGCAGGCACCAAGGAUGCACGAUUCUACUUCACGCUUCGCACAGACCGAGCUUUGAAGUCUACCACUGUAAUCAACCACCGGCAAUACAGAGCAAAUGCCUGGACUCACCUGAUUGCGACAUACAAUAGCCACAACAUGACCUUAUAUGUUGAUGGGGCUAAGGUGGGAGAAAGUACUCUCCAGUUGGGAAAUCUCUAUAGCCCCUUCAUGAAGACCUGCAGAACUUUCAUCCUGGGAAGUAACCAGUCAGAACAGGGACAGGGCUUUAGGGGCCAAAUAGGAGGUGUAGUGUUGUGGGACUACGCCCUUUCUCAUGAGGAUCUGCAGAUGCGACCACUCCAAAAGACGAAGCCUCUACUGGCUAUGUGGGCUGACUUUACAAAUGUGGAACAGAUCUGGACUCCUUACAAAACUGGAUUUCAUCCGGCUGUCAUCCCCACUCCUGUCCCUGAUUUAGAGCUUGUCUCCUCCUUCUUGCCACCACCCUGUGGCCUUACAUCUUGUGACAACACGGAUAUAAUUUUUGGUUACAACAAUUACGGGCCGCUCCGUGCACCCAAACGAGUCCGCUACAGAAUUAUCAAUCUCUCCAAUGAUGAUGGCGGUAACCCUACUGUAACACCAGCCCAGAUUAACCUCCAACAUCAGGCCCUGAUUGAUGCCUUUCACCCUUACAAUAUCACCCUAGAGUUGACUGUACACACAGUCAGAAACACCAGUCUCCGGCAGCGUUUCAUUCUUAGUAACUGUCGAAUUGGGAAAAUUGGGAACCGCAAUUGUGAUCCGGAGUGUGACCAUCCAAAGACAGGCCAUGAUGGGGGAGACUGCCUUAGACUCGGUCCCUGCUACAACUGGAAAAGACAGGAUGGAGUUUGUAAUAUGGAAUGUAACAGUAUACAUUAUGACUAUGACGAUGGUGACUGUUGUGACCCAGAAACAACAGAUGUUCUCAAGACCUGUUUUGAUCCAGAUUCACCUGAAAGGGCAUAUAUGAGUGUGAAAGAACUUAAAGAGGAGCUUCAUCUGAGUGGCUCUGACACCCUGAAUGUGUUCUUUGCCAGUAACUCAGCACGAGAAGAGCUGGCCGGAGCUGCAACCUGGCCAUGGGCAAAGGAAGCCCUUACACAUCAAGGUGGAAUGGUGCUGAACCCAUCCUAUUUCGGCACAAGUGGACACCACAACACUAUGAUACAUGAAAUGGGCCACAUAUUUGGACUGUACCAUGUCUUCAAGGGAGUGAGUGAACGAGACUCCUGUGAUGACCCAUGUCAGGAAACCACACCAUCUAUGGAAACAGGAGAUCUGUGCGCUGACACUGCGCCAACACCCAAAUCCAAAGCCUGCCAUGAUCCUGGAACUGUUAACGAUACAUGUGGUAUCACCAUGUACCAGGACACACCAUAUAAUAAUUACAUGAGUUAUACAGAUGAUAACUGCACCAAUCAUUUUACCCCCAACCAAGUAGCCAGGAUGCACUGCUAUCUUGACUUGGUCUAUCAGAACUGGCUGAUGAAACACCGACCUGGUACCAUCCCUCUGCCACCAAUGGUGACUGACCAGAGUCCAGAUUCUGUCUCUAUUUAUUGGCUGGCACCAUUAAUGGGGUCACUCUAUGAAAGCUCCCACAUGUCUGGCGUCAAUUGUGGAGAUUGUGACAAAGAUGGUGUCUACCACCAGUAUGCUAAUGAGGCGGCCUCACCACGCAUUUGCGACACUUCAGGAUACUGGGCACCUGAUGAGGCUAUUGGCCCACCGGAUGUCGAGCAGCCAUGUGAGCCGAGUCUUCAAGCUUGGAGUCCUGAACUCAGCCUUUAUGAUACUAAUGUGACAUCCCCCUGUCCUGAACCUGAGGGUUGUACUCUCAUGCUCAAAUUUCUCUUCCCCAUUGUUCCACAAACUCUUACGCUCUGGAUAACAUACAUCUCCACAAACAAUCCUGCCAUUGCUGAAAUAGAGCUGAUAACAGACACAGGUAAAACCAUGAGCCUUGGACCACAGCACAUCUUCUGUGACAUGCCCUUCACCCUACGGCUCGAUACCAACAAUGUUGCCAUCAGUGCCAUAAAGCUCUUCACCUUUGAUGAGAAGAUGGAGAUUGAUGCUGCAAUGUUGUCUUCUGGCCCUGGUAGUCAUCUCUGCUCUGGCUGUCGACCUUUGUUGUAUCAUAUUCACCGGCGGCCACCCUUCACCAGCAAAUUGCCAUCACCUCAGACCCAGCAGACAUUCAAGGACAGAACUGUAAAAAUGGGAGAAAGGUAUGAGUACAUGAUCCAGGUAGAAAGGGAUGGUAUGCUCAGCCAUAUCUCUCCAUCCCUUUUUUACACGCAUGGCCAGCCUUACUGCGGAGAUGGUGUCAUUCAAGGGGCUGAUGAAUGUGACGAUGGAAAUAUGUUAGAUGGCGAUGGAUGCUCUAAGAAGUGUCGGAAGGAAAAGGGUUUCAACUGUGUUGGUGAACCCAGCCAAUGUUAUGUUUUUGAUGGGGACGGUGUGUGCGAAGAGUUUGAACGGGUUUCCAGUUUUCAGGACUGUGGAUAUUUUACACCUUUGGGUUACACAGACCAGUGGGCUUCUACUGCAACCGCUUCUCAUCAGGACCCUGACCACUGUCCCGCCCACGCUGCCACUGGUGAACCAUCAUUUAAAAAACUCUGUAGGUACCAGUACAUGGACGUGAGUGAAAAACUGCCCACUGAUGCAUGGUUCCCUUGCACAGCUCUCUCUGACACAAGUAAUGACCUAGACCAUCCAUUUUGGCUGAAGGUAGGAUUUGUCCAUUCUGGAGUGGCAGCUUCUGUCAUGGUGUAUCUGGCUUCAGCUGGGUCAUGUCGUGGGGAACAUUGCCAAAGGACUGCUACAAUACUGCUUUCUGAUACUACUGGAAAGAAUCAUUCACUAGGCACACAUAACCUCUCAUGCCAUCGGAACCCAUUGGUGGUUAACGUGACCCAUGACCUGUCUCAGCCUUUCUUCCUCACCUCAUCUGUAAUCCUCCUCUUCUCUUCCUCAUCUGUGGCAAUCGGGGCCAUAGCCCUGAGGACCUCUUGCCACUUCAGCACCUUCGCCGUGACCGGCUGUUUGAGGCAGGCAUGUCAGAUGGACAGCUGUACCCCCCCUCAGCUAGACCACGCCUCUGUCAGGUGUGUAGGUGGUGGGCAGUCAUCUCACUGCUCUGUUCAGUGUCACUUUGGUUUCAGCAUCACUGUCCUGAAUGGCAGGGAAGUUCCACCACACCAGAGACAGACGGAGAUGGAGUGUUUUCAUGGUCUAUGGAAUCGCGCAGUUAGUUGUCAGCCUGUCGACUGUGGCCUGCCUGAUCAUUCCCAUGUUUACCAUGCAAUAUUUAGUUGUCCCUGGGGAACAACCUAUGGAAAACAAUGCUCCUUUACCUGUGGAUCCCCAGCCAUACUACAAGGUGACAGUGACAGACUGGUAUGUUUGGAGGAUGGUUUGUGGUCUUUUCCAGAAGCCUACUGUAAGAUCGAGUGCCUAGAAGUUCCAAAAAUUCCCAAUGCCAAACUGUUGACGGCAGAGUGCCUUUCUUCGAGCCAUGAUGUUGGCUCCAUCUGCCGUUUCAAAUGCAACCCAGGCUUCUAUGUAUUGGGGAGUCUCCAAAAGAAGAUACCAAAGAAAUACUUCAAAUGUGAGUGCCUUGAGGGAGGGCAAUGGGAGGAUGCCUCCUGUGAGCCGAUAUCUUGCCCAGCAUUACCUGAUGUAUUCCAGGGCAUGUAUACAUGCACCAAUGGCCUCAACUAUGGUACACUCUGUACCCUGCAGUGUCCAGAUGCAAGAGAAAAUAGUGUGAUUCACUGCACUAAAGAAGGUGAAUGGACAGAACAGUUUACCAUGUGCUCCGGGCUCCAAGGAUCCUGCUCUGCUCCUACUGAUCUCAACUCUGUAUCAUAUAGCUGUGAUGAGGGAAUGAAUAUUGGUGCUGUUUGCUUUCCAACAUGCAUUUUAACCCCUGACAUGGACCUUCAUGACCCAGUGAUUCUGCCUAAUGGCUCAACAGUUGACCCUUUAAAACACUGGAUGCUUCCCAUUAAAGUUCAGACCAUUGUCUGCACAGGGAUGAUGAAGUGGUAUCCAGCCCCUGAAAACAUUUACUGCAUUCAGUCAUGUGAGCCUUUUGGAGGGGAUGGCUGGUGCGACACCCUCAACAAUCGGGCCUAUUGCAAGUAUGAUGGAGGAGAUUGCUGCCCUUCUACACUAUCUUCCAAAAAGGUCAUUCAGUUUGGGGCAGACUGCGAUCAGGACGAGUGCACUUGCCGUGAUCCUGAUGCCAAAGAGAAUAAGAGCAAAGCCAAGGACCCGGAAGGGAGAAUGUAA